UUUGUUGCGUUUAAUUCGGGUCGGGUUCGAGGAAAAUUUAAUUUGCCAAGCAGGACCUGAGGUUGGAGGGAUGAGUCAGCACGCGGGCCCGAGGGCCGAGUCGACUCACCACCGACUCUACGAGUUCGCGAAAGCUGCACUCACCAGGAUCUUCGUGCAUCCUUACGCUACGGUGUGUGAAUUGUAUUGCGGUGGAGGAGUUGAUGCAGAGAAAUGGGACGAAGCUCAAAUUGGCCAUUACAUUGGAAUUGAUGGUUCAUCAUCUGGAAUAAACCAAAGAAGAGAAGCAUGGGAGAGCCAGAGGAAGGCUUAUACUGCUGAUUUUUUUGAGCUUGACCCUUGCAUGGAAGAUGUAGAGAUACAUCUGAAAGAUCAGACAAACCCGGCAGAUUUAGUUUGCUGCUUGAAGAAUUUGCAGCUGUGUUUUGAAACUGAGGAGAGAGCAAGGAAACUUUUGCUUAAUGUAUCAUCCUUAUUGAAGCCGGGGGGUUAUUUUUUUGGUAUUACUCCCGACUCAUCUACAAUAUGGGCCAAGUACCAGAAGAAUGUUGAAGCAUACCACAAUAGAAGUAGUGGCAUGAAACCAAACAUUGUUCCCAACUGCAUUAGAUCAGAGAACUACAUGAUCACCUUUGAAGUUGAGGACGAGAAGUUCCCGUUAUUUGGAAAGAAAUACCAGCUGAAAUUUGCUAAUGACAUCUCUCCCGAAAUUCAUUGCUUGGUUCAUUUCCCGAGCUUCAUCAGGUUAGCCAGAGAAGCUGGUCUGGAGUAUGUGGAGAUUCAAAACUUAACAGAAUUUUAUGAUGACAACAGAGCACAAUUUGCAGGCAUGAUAAUGAAUUUUGGUCCAAACCUUGUGGAUCCUAGAGGAAGGCUUCUUCCUCGAUCAUAUGAUGUGUUAGGUCUAUAUACCACAUUUAUAUUUCAAAAGCCAGACCCUGAUGUUGCUCCCCCACUUACGACACCAUUGCUGCAUGAUGUAACUUACAUUCAGGAUGAGAGAGAGUGGCAAGUGCCAGUGACGACUGUCUGGAGGGAUGAUGAAAAGAGCGUACCGGUAGAGCCACCUCCUGGCCUGGGCAAGAUUAGUGAACAAAAAGGGAUUUUGGGUCCUGGCCCUGCUGAGUUGCGUUUUUCUGAGGCACUUUGACCUGGUGGUCGAUGGAGGGAUGGAGGCAAGAAGAAUGUGGAUGGAAAAGACUGAUUUUUAACAAAGUUGUAACAGCAGUGUGGCAUGUUCAUUAAUUUCCUGGGUAGACUCUGUUUUAGUACUUAGAUUAUUCUCUUUUUCCUCAUUUAAUGCAGG